AUGUCGGCAGAGCCAAAUCGCGUGCUGCGUUUCAGCGGGCAUGCAUAUCUACGGCAGCGACUCGUGCUGGCCACACUAGCUGGAAGGCCGGUACGAAUUGACAAGAUUCGACCUGAUGACGAGGAGCCUGGUCUGCGGGAUUUCGAGGCCUCGUUUUUACGACUGCUAGAAAAGAUCACCAACGGCAGUGCCGUCGAGAUCAAUUAUACCGGUACAUCCAUCUACUUCCAGCCGGGCAUUAUCUAUGGCGGGAACAUCGUACAUGACUGCCCCCUAUCGCGCGGCAUCGGCUACUUUUUGGAGUGGAUAGUGCUGUUAGCACCCUUUGCGAAGCAGGAAGUAUCGUUGACUCUGCGUGGCAUCACCAGUGGCCAGGGCGAUGUAGGUGCCGAUACCAUACGAACAGUCACUUUGCCGCACCUCACCCUAUUUAUGCCGCUGGACUCUGUGUCUAUGCUUGCAUCAGCGCUGGAGAUGCGUAUCGUCAAGCGUGGCGCCGCACCGCUGGGCGGUGGUGAAAUCUUUUUCCGUGCGCCUCUCAUUGCCACGCUGCGGCCACUCGAAUUCGUCGAGCCGGGGCGGAUCCGAAAGAUUCGUGGUAUUGCGAGCUCUGUGCGUGUGAGCCCGCAGAUGAGCAACCGGAUGAUCGAUGCCGCACGCAGUGUCCUCAACCGCUAUAUUCCAGACUUGUAUUUAUUUUCCGACGUAUAUCGAGGCGACGAGUCAGGCAAGUCGCCUGGCUUUGCCAUGUCACUUGUCGCCACGUCCACGACAGGCGCGCUGCAUGCGGCAGAGGCGACCUCCUCACCGGGCCAGACGCCCGAAGACGUCGGGCUGCUGGCAGCACGUGCGCUUUUGUCCUGUAUCGAGACGGGCGGAUGCAUCGAUCCCAUGCACCAGCCUCUGGUUCUGACUCUCAUGGCUGUAGGCCCAGGGGACGUGGCGCGGUGCCGGAUGGGCGCUUUAACCCCCCAGGCCGUCCAGUCUCUACGAGAUAUACGCGAUGCCUUGGGCGUCACAUUCAAGAUUCGAGCCAUGGAGGACGGCUCGGUGAUGCUGACAUGUGUGGGUGUGGGCUUCCGUGGCUUCCGCCAAGUGCGUUAG